ACGAUAUGUUACUUUGCGUCAAGGACAUGGGCUGUUUAGGUAGUAAGGAUCGCCUCUCGAAAGAGGACAUGGACUUUCUCAAAUCACACACCCGAUACGACGAAUCCACGAUUAAGGAAUGGUACAAAGGGUUCAAGCAAGAUUGUCCAAACGGCAAACUAACGCCGGCCAAGUUCGUAGAUAUGUACAAAAUGUUCUUCCCGUCAGGCAAUGCCGAAGAAUUCUGCGACCACGUGUUCCGAACGUUCGACAUGGACAAAAACGGCUAUAUUGAUUUUAAGGAAUUUCUGUUAGCUAUCGACGUUACAUCCAGUGGCACACCGGAGGAGAAGCUAAAGUGGGCGUUUAGGAUGUACGACGUGGACGGAAACGGUGUCAUAGACAUCCAAGAAAUGACCAAAAUAGUUCAGGCGAUAUACGACAUGCUUGGUGCGUGUUCAUCGAACAAACCGGCAGACUCGGCGGAGGAACGCGCGAAAAACAUCUUCGCCAAGAUGGACGAAAAUAACGAUGGCCAACUGACGCAGGACGAGUUCCUCAAGGGCUGCCUGCAAGACGAGGAACUGUCGAAAAUGCUGGCACCUUAAGCUUAAUUAGUAGUCAUCGACGUCGAUACACACAGACACACACACUAAAACAUACAUACAGACAGACAGAAACACUCACAAAAAAAGAAAAGAAGAAAAUUCAUCCAAUUUAGAUAUUUAGUAAGAUUUAAAGUAAUAUAUUGAAAGCCAGAAAAAAAAAACAAAAUGAACAAAAAACGACAGAGGGUAAUCAGAAAAAAAACAGUUAUUUGUAGGACAAAAUGCACACAAAAACGAUUCAGAUACAUUUGCCAUUAAGCAAAACAGCAGCAUUAGCACGCAUUGCAAGACAGACAAACUCACAGAAGGGAGUUCCCAAGGACACACCGUUCGUUCAUCGUCAGUUUUUUGUGAGGUCAGCAAGAAUCAUUAGGGAAUUUUCGCGAGACUAUAAGUUAAUUAAGUAACGGAACCGUAACAGUGCUGCGAGCAUGAAACGUUUACACAGGAUGAAAGCGCAAGCGACAUGCACACUCUCACACAAACACACACAAAGAGGAUAAUUUAAACGAAAAUGGGUCACGCCAAUUAACGACAUGAAAGGGGUUAGUCGAUUCGUUGGACAAAAUGCACACGUUUCACCACAAACUAGUUGAAGUUUUUCGGUUUCUGUUCGUUGUUUUGUUACAGAAAAAUAUAGGACAGCCAGGCAACAAUUACAAACAAAUAAGGAUUAAAACAAGAAACAACACACUAGAGUAGAAUUGAAGAAGCGAAACAGCGCGCAGGGGAUUUAAUGCGAGGUAAACCAGAGCAAACACAUGAUAAUCACUUGAUUAGCUAAUUACAAAAAUGAAGAUAAAGGGCGAUCGAUUCGAAUGGGGGGAAAUUUAAGGGAAUGAAGUAAGUAUAGGAACAUAAGCAGAUCGUAAUCAUCAAACCAUUUUUAUACGUGUUGGUAAAGAAUAAGUAACGUGAAAAACGAAUCACAGAUGAAGAUUGAAAGCGAGCAAACGAUAGGAUUUUCCAGCCACUAUUGCUUCGAAUUCCCAUUUGCACAAAACUUAGAAGCGAGGCGAGAGGGGGGAAGGAGGGCCAGGAAGGAAGAAUCAAAUGGUAAAUGGUAUCUAUAAAUUUCCCUGCUACCUGCUUGGGUGAUAAACACAGUUUCCGUUUUUCCGUCAGAUUUCUGCUAGGUGAAUGAAAAAAAAAAAACAAGAAGUGAAAAGUAGGGUGCGGGAAAAAUCAAGUCAUCGCGGAACGGAAACGCCAUAAUUGGGUGAGUAAUAUGAUCUGUACCUUUUCGCUGGAAACUUCGUUCACUAUUGUGAUUGCAUCUAAUUCGAGGUGUGCUUUCGCGUUUGAAAGAUUUUUUUCUAUCAAAUUCUUAUGUUCAGACUUAGCCACUACUACUUUGUCAGCGAUAAGUUUUAUGUCUAUAGAAAAGAUUGAACGAUUAUCUGUAGAAGCUAAAAGUUAUCAAUCAAAAAUAAUUCAUUUCCUAUGAAACCUUGGUCCUGGAGAGGUUUAAAAUCUAUUAAAAAUGGUGAAAGCUUUUAACUCUAAAAAAUGAACUUAUGUACAAAUGCUACACAAUUGCUUCAUUUAAUUAGAGUUCAUUGAUAGAAAACCAAUUAAUUUUAAUCCUUCUGAAAUGGUAUCGAGUGUUGUGCGCCUAUUGGAAGAUUUUUAAGAAUUUAAUAAUUUAUAAUGCUUUGAUUAGUUUUGUUUCCAAGAAGGAGAAAGAAAACAACUUUUUUUGAAAAUCUUGAUAAAAUUUCCACCAAUUUUUGAAAAACUAUCAAAUGAAAACAAAACGUACACACCAACGAUAAAUGAUUUCAAUUGCAAUUUUGAAAUGAUUUGCAAUGAUAUCAGCAAAAACAGGAAAUGUGGGAAAUAUUUCUCCAAAAACCGUCGAUUUCUCUAGAAUCAGAAUUGCAAAAACGAUUAAACUGAUGAUUUUUUCUAGGAAAAAAAGAUACUGCUUUAUUCAAAAGCAAUGCUUUAUGUGAUCUUUGAGGAUUUCACAGAAUAUCUUACAGGCAAAUUUUUUACAUUUUUGCUGCCAUCAAAUAUCCUGAGCUGCUUAACCAGACAACUUUGAAGACAACUCUAAA